AUGGUUCCGGCCGUCGAAAAAAUCCUGGAACAAUUUCGAGAAAGAUUCGGACGAUACCCAAAAGUCGUUCAAUUCGACGAAGGGAAAGAAUUUUACAAUAACGGAGUUAAAGCGUUACUGGAAAAACAUGACAUUCAUAAUUUUUCGACGCUACUAACUGGAAAAAAAGCAGCCGUCGUCGAAAGAUUUAACAGGACGUUAAAAACAAGAAUGUGGAAAUAUUUUACCGAACAACAAUUUACGACAAAGUCAAGAAAAUGGAUCGACGUCUUGGAUAAUUUUGUUGCAUCGUAUAAUCAUUCGAAACAUCGUACGAUUGGAAUGAAACCUGCCGAUGUGAACGAAACCAAUAAAGAUAAAGUCUGGGUUAAACUUUACGGUUAUCCCUUAUCUCACUUUCCAGAACCAAAAUUUAAAGUCGGAGAUCGUGUCCGAGACCAAAUCUAUCGCGACACUUUUGUGAAAGGAUACACUCCGAAUUAUACCGACGACGUUUACGUCGUGUCGGAAGUGUUUCGCGGUGAUCCGAACAUGUAUAAACUCAUCGAUCCCGACGAUGACGAUCGCGAAAUUCAAGGAAGAUUUUACGAACAUGAAUUAUCAUUGGAUCUAAGUGGUAAAUAAACUAGUCAUAAUUUAGAUGAUGACUUGUACAAAACGGAAUUGGAUAAUUUGGAUCGACAGGACGACGAAGUAUGGUUAACAGAUUUUAAAAGACAGAAUGAAAAUGAUAGGUAUACAAAAAGAAAAAAACAGACCAAUUCCCUGUAUACGACUGGAUCUUCUGCCGGUCUGAAAUCUGAAUAUGUGAAAAAACUUUUUAAAAAUGAAUACCGACUAAGUCCAAACGACGGUCCGAAUUCCAAAGACUUUUUUUCCAGACUAAAUAUUAUCGACGGAUACUGGCUGUCAUUUGAUAAUAUUAAAGUCGCUUACAUCGAAAAAAAUGGGGAAUACUCCCUAUCCACAAGCAAAAAUGUAACGAUCAUACAAAGUCAAAAAAAUUUUAGAACCGCCUUUGAAAAAGCAACGGAAGAACAUCAAAAAACACUUGUCAGUAUUACAGAAGAAGAAGUUCCAGAUGGAAAUCUUCACGAUGAUAUUUCAGAUGAUGUGCGUCAUGAAAUUCACAAUGAAAAUAUCGAUGAUAAUCUUGAAUUUCACGAACGGGUUUUACAGUUUCAUCGCGAUGGUAAAUUCACCGAACAGGAAGCGAGGGAACUGGCUGGAAUUACCGUUCCCAAAGGACAGCCUGACGAACGGAUUAAGUUUUUAAAAAUAGAACGUCAAAAACUUAAAACAGAUUUCGAAACUGAAUCCGAUCCCGAACGUCAAGAUAUUUUUCGCGAAGCGUUAGAAAUUAUCGAUCAAAAUAUCGACGAUGCGAAAUUAGAAAUGCGGGAACGUCCCGAAUCCGAAGAAGGCGUGCAUCGUGUCCGGGAAAAAGUUCGCGAGGAUGUACGAACGAGAUUUGAAAAAUUUAAAGUCUGGGCCAGAGAAAAUUUAGGAGUUUUAUCUGCGAUCGCUAUUUCCAUCGCGGGAAUUAUUACGACUGUCGUCGUUGCCGGAAAAAAGACGUUGGUCGGUGCUGCAAGAGGGGUGGGUGAAGUUGGAAAAGCAUUGGCAAAAGUCGCAAAAGCUGCACUUCCCGUUCUCGUUCCGAUCCUGAAUAUGCUAGCGACUAUUCUGAAAUGGGGAGCAAAAGGAAUAGAAUUUCUUGCAAAAAAUCUAUGGAUUCUUGUCAUUCUCAUUGCAGGAUACUUGUAA